UUUGUUGAUCUGUGGAAUGUUUCUCGUCUAUUUUAAUUACACUUAGAGGACCAACUCCUAUGGCUGCACGAUCCAUCAUAACGGAAUGAUCAGCGGACUUUGGAGAUACUUCUGGGGGCCACUGAAUGAGGCAGGCAACUCAACACAUCUGCAGGAAGACACCCAGGAGUCAGACAAUAAGACUGCGAUCUCUAGUGGGACUCCGGAAUCUCUUCAGGAUGAAGAGGAAGAAUUUCUUGUUAAUACGGAGGGUAUUAUGUCAGAUUCCACACCUGAAAAAUUCAUCGACCUAAUAAAGUGCCAUCCGACUUGCAAGACAUACAUGGCUGCCAAGACCAGGUUCAAGUCAGUCGACAAGAAGUGGUUCUUAUCCUUCCUUGAGCUAGACGGGGUCUCAGUCAUAUUCGAAACUUUGAACGUUCUUGCAAAACAUAAAGACUUCAGUAUAUCAGACUCUAUGAUACAGCUAGAUUGUGUGUCUCUCUUGAAGACUAUUCUAAACAGACAAAAUGGGCUCGAGUUCUUCUUGGAGAGGGAUGAUUACAGCGACCAGUUCGCACACGCACUGACUACAAACAACAUAAUGGUCAAGAAGCAAAUAUUUGAAUUACUAAGUGCACUGUGCUACAACUCCAAACGAGGGUACAUCAUGGCACUAGAGGCACUUAAGAAAACAAAGAGUCAUGUUGUACCGAAAAACAGUUACUACAUCUUGGUGAGCGAGCUGAAAGCCACUAAGAUACCAGAGUACAGUACUACCAUACUAGCCCUCGUCAAUACUAUACUCGUAAGUACGGACAGUAGGGUUGAGAGGAACAACAUCAGAACCCAACUAGCCUCACUUCAUUUACCGGAGAUUAUAGAGAAGCUGAGAUCUGAGGAGACUGAUGAUGAUCUCCUCUUACAGCUCGAAACGUAUGUAGAAAAUGAAGAUCAUGAUGGUAAAGAGGACGCGGACAGUUACGAGGAUUUAGACAGUACCGAGUUUAUUUUAUCGAAGGUAUACUCUAAAAUGCAACAUCUCCCCGAGCGUGAUCACUUUCAUGCCGUUCUUCAGAACUUGUUGGUAAUUGAACCAAACAAUGAGAACUUUGCGGCUACUUGGCUGUCGAUAGAGCAGCUUACCAACCGAGCUAUUGAAAAUCAAGAUGCAGAACAACUUGACUCUUACCUGAAUAUUCAAGUUGAAAAACGUGAUCAAGCUGUCGGAACAGAACCGAAACAUUAUUCAGAGGUGUCAGUGCAAACGGAACCCUCUGAAAGUGAACUCACAACAGCACCUCCUGCUCCACCAGUUCCUGGACCACCAAGUGUAGCUCCUGAACCUGACAUUAUCAUACCGCUUAUAAGGACUUAUAAGUGGUACGAAUUCCGGUCGAAUUACCUUUCGACUUUUGGAAAGCCUAAAUCGUAGCUUUAAAAAUAAUCGUGGUUGCGAAGUCUUGAGCUCAAAAAAUACUUGUGCAGAUUCCCUCAAUAAAACUUGUAUGAUCGAAUAACGUAUGUGAACUGUAACUCAUGUUUAAUAGUGUUCCAGCAGUAUUUACGUAAUUUAUCAAUUCUUUUUAGUCUUUCGAUAGAUUAACGUUGUAGUCUUGCAAAAGUACGCUUUUUUCGCUUCAAAUAUUGGGACUGCUAAAAACAUAUUAUUGCAUGUACGGAUGAUUCGCAAUUAAUAGUAAUAGGAUGUUUAUUAUCAGAACUAUGUGAUAGCUGAACAGAAUGUAUAACAACAAAUAUAGUAAAAUCAUUU